CAUUGCUGAUUAAACUAAAUUUAAAAAUUAAUUACAAAAUGUGGCUUUUAACCACGUGGCCGUGGGUUCGAUUCCCACAGACGGCGUUUUGUUUUAAUUAGUCCACAAUGUUCACGUGCCAUCACUAUAUGAAUAGAGAAACAUAAAGUUAGUCCACUAACCUAAUAAUGUUUGUCUUCCUUUUCCUUUUCGGGUUUGGAAGUAUAAAGUAUAUUUUAAUGUUGAUCUUGAUCAUAAAUCUCAACGAAGAAUCGUUAGAUCCAGUGGAAGUUUUUCUCCGACAAAGAACACUCUUGAAGAUUGCAAGAAUGGCGAAGAGAGCGUUGCUGAUAGGAAUCAACUACCCAGGCUCCACGGAUGAGCUACAAGGCUGCGUCAACGACGUCCGUCGGAUGCAUAAGUGCCUCGUUGACCGGUUCGGAUUCGCCGAGAAAGAUAUCACGGUGCUGAUUGACACAGACAAAUCUUACACUCAACCCACCGGAAAGAACAUCCGUCAGGCUUUGUCGGAGCUCAUAAAGCCAGCAAAGCCCGGUGACGUUUUAUUCGUGCAUUACAGUGGACACGGUACGAGGGUCCCGCCGGAAACAGAGGAAGAGGAUGAUGCAGGUUUUGAUGAGUGUAUUGUUCCUUCCGACUUGAAUCCAAUCCCUGAUGAUGAUUUCAGGGAUUUGGUGGAACAAGUUCCAGAGGGAUGUCAGAUAACGAUCGUAUCAGACUCUUGUCACAGCGGCGGACUCAUCGAUGAAGCUAAGGAACAGAUCGGAGAGAGUACCAAUCGAGAAACCAAAGUUUCUUCUUUUGAAUUCGAGAUUGGGAACUGUUUGCAUAGCGUUUUUGUGAAACUGCUUGCAUUUUGUGGAAUCGGAAGUUCUCAUGUAGAAACGCGCGAGAUCCUAGAAGUAGGGGAGAGAGAUGAAGUUGUCAAAGCAAGGUUUCUUCCGUUGGAGAGGUUCAUCACACUUCUCAAACAACAAACUGGGCAAGACAAUAUCGAGAUUGGGAAAAUCAGACCGACCCUUUUCGAUGUCUUUGGUGAAGAUUCGAGCCCGAAGAUAAAGAAUUUCAUGGAAGUGAUUCUCACCAAGCUAAUGAAAAGAAAUGAUCAAAGUACGUUACUUGGUAAGACCGAAGAAAGUGCUCGAGGGUAUAUAGAAGAGAAGAUAAACGAUGAACACUACAUGAAACCCGCAAUGCAGGCACAAGUGAAGAGCGAUCGUGAGAUUGAUGGAGGAGGAUCAAGCAACGGAUUGUUUCCCGACCGAGGGAUUCUGUUGAGUGGAUGUCAAACAGAUGAGACAUCAGCAGAUGUUAAGAAGAGUGGAGAAGCAUUUGGAGCGUUUAGUAACGCUAUCCAAAUGGUUUUGUCGGAGACUGAUCAUAAAGAUAAGAUUACAAACAAAGAAAUGGUAUUGAGGGCAAGAGAGAUUCUGAAGAAACAGAGGUUAAUUCAGAGACCAGGAUUGUAUUGUAAUGACCGCUUUGUGAAUGCUCCAUUUAUAUGCUAACUAUGGUGUGUUGAUUGAUUAGAGAUUCUUUUUUCACUCAAGUCUAUUUUGUGGAUCUAGAAUCGAAAGAGAAAGAUUAAGAAGACAAAGUUUAAGAAUUA